GACAGGACCCCAGGACAAUGAGGAUGUCACCCUGCCCAUAACUACAGCCCGCCUGUGCAGUCACCUAAAGACCCAGGAUGGACCAGCAGAUGGCACUGACCUGGAGCCUGCUCUACAUGGCCCUGCUGGCUCUCUGCUGGAAGCCUGGUGUGACAGAGGCACAAGACACCAUCCCUCUGCAGACUCUAAGGUGCUACAAUGACUACACCAGUCGCAUCAUCUGUAGCUGGGCCGACCUGGAGGAUGCCCAGGGCCUCAUUAACAUGACCCUCUAUCGCAAGCCGGGAAAGGACUAUCCAGUGUCCUGCAGCCUCAGUGAUGACCUAGUCUGGUCAGAGUGCCCGUCUGCCCACCGUUGUGUGCCCAGAAGAUGUGUCAUCGCCUACACAGGCUUCAGUAUGACAGAUGAAGACUACUACUCAUUCCAACCAGAUCGGGAUGUGGGCAUCCAGCUCGUCGUCCCAUUGGCCCAGCAUGUGCAGCCCCCACCUCCUAAGGACAUCCGCAUCAGUCCCUCUGGGGAUCACUUCCUGCUGAAGUGGAACUGGACCCUGGGAGAUGCCCAGGACCCCUGGCUGUCACAGGAGGACAUAGAGUUUGAGGUGGCUUACAAGAGGCUUCAGGACGCCUGGGAGGAUGCUCCCAGACUCAACACCAGUGACUUGUGGGUCUCCCUGGCAUCAAAGCUGUUUCUACCCAGCAAUAUUUAUGUGGCCCGUGUGCGCACUCGGCUGUCCCCAGGCUCAAGUUUGUCUGGAAGGCCCAGCAGAUGGAGCCCUGGGGUGCAAUGGAACUCCCAGCCAGGGGACAAAGCCCAGCCUCAGAACCUGCAGUGCUUCUUCGAUGGCAUCCAGUCCCUCAGCUGCUCCUGGGAGGUGUGGAACCAGGUGGCCAGCUCUGUUUCCUUUGGGCUCUUUUACCGCCCCAGUCCGGCUGCUCCGGAGAAGGAAUGCUCCCCGGUGGUGGAGGAGCUGCAGGACAGCCUCUGCUCCCGCUACCACUGCAAUCUAACCGUGUCCAACCCCAGCGCACACAGCCAGUACGCAGUCUCUGUUAAGCUGCGGAAACAAGGGAAGUUCAUCAAGAGCUCUGAUCACAUCCAGAUGCAUCCUCCCAGCCUCAAAGUGACCAAGGAUGGAGACAGCUACAACCUGCGCUGGGAAACUAAGAAACUCUUGUAUUCUCACAUCCAACACAAAUUCCAGGUCCAGUACAAGAAGAAGCUGGACAGCUGGGAGGACAGCAAGACAGAGAUCCUAGAUCAUGCCCAUAGCAUGUCCCUGCCACGGCUGGUGCCCUCCACUUCAUACUCGGCCAGGGUGAGAGUCAAGCCCCUCCCUGAAUACUAUGGGAUCUGGAGUGAGUGGAGUGAGGAGUGCACCUGGACCACCGACUGGGUGAUGCCCACAUGGGGGAUUGUCCUCAUCCUGAUCGUCCUCGUCCUGCUCCUGCUCCUGGCCCUCCGCUUUGGCUGUGCCUAUGGGUGCAGGCUGUACAGAAAGUGGAAGGAGAAAAUCCCCAACCCCAGCAAGAGCCUGCUGUUCCAGGAUGGAGGAAAAGGACUCUGGUCUCCUAGCAGCACAGCAGCCUUUGCCACCAAGAACCUUACCCUCCAGGGGCCACAGAGAAACUUUUUCGCUGAGCUACAGGGGAUGUCACGUUCACAUACGGUGGACAAUGAAGUGUCACCUCUCACCAUAGAGGUUCCUAAAAUUGUUCAAGAUUUACCAUCUGGGCCUGACCCAACUCCAGUCACCUCAUCAGAACCCAUGGAACAGCUUUCCGAUGGCCAGCGAGACCCACCAACCCAUUUUGGCAAACCCGAGAGCCAGAAACCCAACUUUGACUUUAACGGUCCCUACCUGGGGCCUCCUAAAACUCACUCCCUGACUAAUCUCCAAGGCCAACUGGUACCCCCAGAGAUAAGUGGCAGUCUGAAGCCAGAACUGCCACACUCCCUGGAGUACCUGUGCCUGCCUCCCGGGGGACAAGUACAGCUGGUACCACUGUCCCAGGUGAUGGGCAAGGGCCAGGCUGUGGAUGCCGAGCAUGAGUCUAGCCUGAAGACCACAGAGAGCCCUUCCAUGGAACAGAGGGAUAGCCCUUCAUUAGACCUGAGGGUGGAGGAACAGGAGCCAAAGGACAAUGCAGUGACUCUGUCCUUAAACUCUGGAGACACUGAGGACCCCGUGGUGACCUCUGGUUAUGUCACUCCUGCAGAUCUGGUGCUCACCCUGCCCACAGGGCCCCCGUCUACCUCUCUGGGCCCCUCUCUAGGGUUGCCCUCAGCUCAGGGUCCUAGUCUUUGCCUCACGCUGCCUGGGGUUCCUCCUGGAAACCCAGCUCUUCCACCCCCAGAACUUGAUGACUAUGUGGAGCUCCCUCCAAGCAUAAGUCAGCCCCCCAAGAUCCCUCUGGGAAAUCCUGUCCCUUCUGUGCCAAGCAGCCCCGUAGGAAGCCCAGGAGAGCACAGAGAGGAGGUAGCCCCAAUAUCCCCACACCCCGAAGGCCUCCUUGUUCUUCAGCAGGUGGGUGACUACUGCUUUCUCCCUGGCGUGGUGCCUGGUUCCCUCUCACCACAUAGCAAACCACCUUCUCCAGGCCUGUGUCCGGAGAUGGUGGUCCUAGACCAGGAUCUGUCUGUCAAAAAGCCUUCCUGCCAGCCCAUGCCCCAGGUGCCAGCCAUUCAGUUUUUCAAGUCCCUGAAGCAUCAGGACUACCUGUCACUGCCCCCUUGGGACAGCAGCCAGCCUGGGAAGGUAUGCUGAGUCCAUGCCCUCCCAACCUCACCAGCAGCCCUGCUCCUCAGCCUGCGGAUCUCAACCUGACAUCUCCAAAGAACCCCAGAGGCUUCUUCCACAAGAUGCACAGUCUUCUCUGCUCUCAGCCCUGACCUUAAGCAAUACCCAUCCCCCCUCUCUGUCUCUCUCUGUCUCUCUGUCUCUGUCUCUCUGUCUCUGUCUCUCUGUCUCUGUCUCUCUGUCUCUGUCUCUCUCUGUCUCUGUCUCUGUCUCUCUCUCUCUCUCUCUGUCUCUGUCUUUCUCUCCUGUUUCCUGGCUUUUAUAGGAUCUCCUUUCCUUUCCUUCCAAUUUGUUGGAGUAGAGAUGGGAACAGAGAGGCCUCUGAGGGUGAGGCCUGCAUGGUCUGUUUAGGGUUUAAGGACUGCUAUGGGUUGCUUGCCCCCUCAGGCACCAAUAAUGCAGCAUGGUUCUGGUUCAGAGCAGGAGGUGGGUGGCUCAAGUGGAUACCUUGGGGGUCAGACAUGGAAAACAGGCAGGCUCAUGUCACUCCAAGAAUUGGUGUGGUUCUCUAUGACAAUCUGAGGCUCCUGGGAGCCCUGAGGUUCUUUCAGAGGGGACUGGGAACCCCCGUUAUGUAGAGAAGUCGCUGAUGUGGACAGUGCCGCCUAGUGGUCACAGCUGUGGCCAGGAUGGAGGGAUGAAAAGCAAUGGGGAAGAAUGGGCAUUGAGAACCCCUGGUGCCAACUGCAGGAAAGCCAGGGUACGGAUCCCUCGAAGGUGAAAAACAUGGUGAUCACACAGGACAGCACAUCCAAAGACAGUCUGGACAUCCGGGCUGCUCUCCCUCUGGAAUGCUUGCAUACCUGCUACCUGCGACUCUCACUGACCACAGAUGUGGCCAUGCUGUGGGAUUGUGGUACUGGGAAAUUGCAAGCUUGUCGACCCUCAGGGCACAAUGGCAUUACAUCGUCCCAUUCUCACUUACAUCAUUUGCUCCAGGUCUGUUCGCACAUAGCUCUUGUAUACGUCUUGAGUAUCGGCUGUUUUUGUUGUUGCCGCAGAGGAGCUGAGUCCAUGAACGAUUUUGCCCCUCAUACUGAUAUCUUUUUCAGAUGAGACUGUUACAGCUCUCUCCAUGACCCUUUGUGGGACAGACCCAUCUCCGAUAAAUGUGCUCUGUCCUAGUUUUGUGCAGGAGGCACAAUGAUGCCCUAAGCAUGUCUGCAUUGCUGUGACACAGACUGCCGAGCUGAACCCCUAUUUGGAGCCAUAUUUGCAGCAACCUUUGCAGCAAACGUGCAUGUGCCUUCAUUUAUAUUCUUUCUGGUUCUUUCUGUGUCUCAAGCCUUGCACGGGAGGUUUUGUGUCUUCUAGAACCCACACUCACACUGCAGAGGUCUGUCUUUGUAUGUCCCGAGGACCUGGAGCCGGGGCACAUCGUGUCGCUUCUUCACCCACCUGCUCUCCAUCCCCGAAUCUGAAAGGCCCUUCCGUGACUCAUCAAGUCCUCAGGUGGACCUGGUCUGUCUCAGCAUCUUAUCUUGUGGCCUCACUCCCUAAAUGACAGCCAUGACUCCGCAUGUUUGAUUUUGACCCAUGGCAGGCAGAGCAAGUGUUCCUUGGUCCCUGUUUAUUGCAGCAAUGAAAACCACUAACAUCUUAAAUGUGUUUCAGUGGCAAUGUUCACAGUAGCUCUCAAUACCUUCUAAAGCAGACCCUCUAGGGAAACAAGCAAGAAAGACUUUCAUGUAUUAAGACAUUGACUCAAAAUAUUUUGCAUUAAGAGUUAUUGUAAUAAAAAUUUGUA